CAAACUUUUCACAGAUCGUGCGAUCAAGCUUGCCAGUCUCAACCUGAUCGCGACCCGGGACGCACGCUCGAUAUCAAACAUCUCUCGGUGGAUAGACAGUCGCGGUGUCGUUCCUUCAGUGCCUCUACUAAUUAUUUAAGUAUUUUUUUUUUCUGAAGAGCGGGAAAUGGCGGUGUUCAAAUAGAAUAUCGGCGGGUCAAUAUUGAUUGUUAUUGGUGCGAGAUCGUUUCCUGCGCGCUGAAAUUGCAAUAUCAACAAAGUGAGCCAUGAAGCGAAAAGUGCUGCUUGGGUGGCCGGCGAUUCUGGUGAUCGCCGUUUGUCUGACGUCGGCUGAGGCCGAUCGCAGUGAAUUGUACGACGGUGACUAUGAUCUGAAGAGCAACGGUCAGCUGCAUGUGCCCGACGAGCGGAAGAAGAUCCUGGCGGCGGUUAUCCGGGAGCGAUAUGGAUCGUCCGCCGAGCGGGACUCGAGAGCUGAGCUAAGACGAGUUCCGAACGGUUCGGAAGGUGGGGAUGGUGCGUUCAGGGGGAUGGAUCGAAAGUUUUUGGACGAUUUGAGACAAGUGGUGGGUGAUUUGGAGGGAAAGGAUUGUCGGGGAGAUUUGAUUUCGGCGCUGGGAGCAAUCGAUAGGAGAGAAGCAUGGGCAGUGGCAAUGCUGGAUUCGUCAGCCAAGUCCAUGGCGGGAAUCGAGUAUGGACAAGUGUACCACUUCGGUCACUUUGACCAGUGUAUGAACACGGAACGACGCUAUCGAAACGAAUCUGACGGUGUUCAGAACAAAAUAAUCACGCAGUACUGCCUGGCUGAUGUCCGGGUGGAUGGCUAUCAGGAACGGACCAUGGUAUCCCGACAGCCACUGCAACGAUUCAACGAAUCUGCUCGGGUGCAUUGGGGGAUUUGCGUCCCGGUCAGCUGUUCGGCGGAGGACGUCAUCAGAGUGGUGCAGGCGAUCAGUGGAUCGCGAAGUGUUUCGAUAUCACAGGAUGCUUGCCACAAGGAAGUGACGACCGAGCCCUCCACGCUGGAUAUCGUCUAUGUGGCGAUCAUACUGUUCUUCGUACUGAUGGUGGUGUUGAGCACGCUGUACCAUGUGCAAUCCAUUUGCAGUCGGCGGAACGAGAAAAAGACAACGCUGGUGUACGUGCUGCGAUCGUUCUCGGUCAUAGAGAAUGUGAAGAAACUCGCGCAGAAUAGCAAAGACGAUCAUGGUUUGGGAUGCAUCAACGGAAUCAAGGCGGUGGCCAUGUUCACCAUACUAAGUGGUCAUGCUCUGCUGUUCCUAACUGGUGGCGCAGGCUACAAUCCGGGAUUUUAUUUCGAGCAAGCCAAGUACAUGCGCAAUACUUUUCUACUCAACUCGCCCCUUCUCGUGGACACCUUCCUGCUGUUGAGUGGUUUCCUGUUCACUCGCCUUCUUCUCAUCGAGCUGGACAAACGCAAUGGCAAGAUCAACUUCGGAUUGCUGUACAUCUUCCGCUACAUUCGACUAACCCCCGCAUAUGGGGCCAUCAUUGCUCUGUACGCUACGUGGCUUCCUCGUUUGGGUAGUGGUCCUCUGUGGGACAAAAGGAUGCUCCUGGAACAAGCUCGCUGCCGCGACAGCUGGUGGCGCAAUGCUCUCUACAUUAACAACUACCUCGGAACCGAUAGUAUUUGCAUGUUCCAAUCGUGGUACCUGGCGGCCGAUACGCAACUGUUCGUGCUGGCACCACUGCUGCUGUAUCCUCUUUGGCGGUACGGCAGGCGGGUGGGAGUUACUCUACUUGCGACGGUUGCGGCGCUGUCCGUAGUAAUUCCCUUUUUAGUAACAUAUUACGGAGAACUGGAUCCCUCGUUGAUGAUCUACGCGGAUGAGGUGACUGACUUGCAAUCGAACUCGUACUUCGCCAACGUCUAUGUCAAGACUCACAUGCGUGCGACGGCCUACAUUUUCGGACUGGUCGUCGGAUAUCUGGUGCAUAUUAUGCAAGAGAAAAACAUAACAAUCGGCAAGCAGAAACUGUUUUUAAUCUGGACAAUCUCAACUGUAGUAGGAACGUCGUCAAUGAUGGGCAUUACUGCGUUCUACAACUCCACCGGAACGGAGAACUAUCUGUACAAUGCCGUCUACGCAGCGCUUCAUCGACUCGGUUGGAGUCUCUCCAACGGAUGGCUAGUGCUAGCUUGCGUAACCGGACACGCAGGACCACUGAAGAAAUUCCUCUCGUCGCGGCCGCUGGUUCCGAUCAGUCGGUUGACUUACUGUGCCUAUCUGACGAAUGGACUCGUUGAGCUGUACUUCAGUGCUUCGCAGCGUGUCCCCAUGUACGGUGGUGUCAUAAAUAUGACGGCUGUCACUCUGUCCCACGUGAUUCUUACUUUCCUGUCGGCGCUGGGGUUGUGUUUGGUUUUCGAAUCGCCGAUCCACGGAAUCGAGAAGAUACUACUGAGGAGGGCACGUCCGGUCAGCGGUCGGGCAACCAUUGGAAGCCAUCAUCAGCAUACGGCUGUGCAAAAAGGUGUGGCCACCAACAACAGCAACGGAACGGCGUGUACGCAAAGCACUUCGGAUGAUUCGAGCGCGUGAUGCUGAUGGUUAGCUUGUAAGUGAAAUGGCUUCUGAGAUAGCUAACGAAAGUGAUUUUUGUGAAUAAGCUAUUAGGGUUAAGUAGGUCUUAUGAAGGUGAUAUGUUGAAUUAAAGAUUUUAUACAUUUU